AUGGAUGUUUCCAAGGUCACCAAUUGCCAAACAAACGUUGGAUCUCAUGCCAAAGCGCCAGAUGUCGCUUCCGAAGUUCCUGAUCCCAAUACUCUUGUUCUUUACUUUACACUUACCUUCUACUGGAGAUUUUGUCACAAAAAUUGUCAAGAAGGAAUCGAUGAGUGGAGACGCAACAUAUUAUGGCACGCUAGAUCUAUCAAGGGAACUAUCCUCGAGCCACCUAGCUCACUUGACGCCAAGGAGGCUCUCAACUUCAAUAUCCUCGAGCGCUUUCAAAUUUAUUUCCUCCCUCAAUACGAACACUUUACGCGAGCUCUAGAUCUUGGUAAACGGGUAAAACCUCGAUUCAUAUUUGACGUGGAUCCUUACUAUCUAGAGGACCAACCUAAAUUUAUCAUCGAGGUGGGAUUCGAGAGGUGGCAACUGGACGACGAUGGACAACCUGUGUGGAAACUCUGCAGAGAUGCCUUCUUUAUACAAGAUCCCCUCACAAUCCCCCCUUCACAAUUUAUCAUCGUGUUCAACGAAAGUGCUUUGGCCGAACAAAUCAUGCAACGACUUCGCUGCGAUGGAUCCGAAGAUUUCUUUCCGAACGCCAAUGGUCAAUACAUAAAGCAAAGCAGCAAGAGAACGAUUAUAGCAAUAGCGACUUCCGCACCACCAACUACUGAACCAUUUGAUUAA